AUGGUCGAACUAACUAAAGUAUAUGAAACAGAUGAGUCAGUAAUUUCAAGCAUAAAAACACUUGAGAAUGGAGCUUGUGUGAUGAUGAAUGAUGAAGAAAAUACUAUAAAGAAAUUUAUUUUACGGGAUGGUAUUUGUGAAUUCGUGAAAAUAUUUGAAGGGGAUAUAUUAUAUCUAACAGUAACCAAAGAAGGCAAUAUACUUGCUUCAGAUGGAGUUUCAGAAGUGAUAUACAAUAUAACUGAAUCUGGAAAGGAAAGAUUCAAAUCCAGUGCAUCACCGAAAAAGGCUAGGGGAAUUCAUACAUUGGGAGAUCAAUCCUUGUGUGUAGGGUUUGUGGAUUUUGAAAAUCUGGAAGUUGGUAUAGCAAUAAUUGAUAUGAAAAGCGACCAAUAUCAGGAAUUUGCAAUCACACCAGCAGACAGUAUACCUGAGAAAAUAACGUCAAACAUGAAUGGUAACAUUUGUGUUAUUCAGAGUGAAAGCACCUCUACGUGGAAAGGCAUAAUAGUUUCAUAUGAGAUUAGCCCUUCGCUUGGGCAGGUUAAUUGGAGAUAUGAAGGAAAUGCGCAUAUAAAUGAGUUGAGAGACUUUGCUCCGUCUGACAUUGCAAUAUCCCACGCGAGUUUGGUUUUAAUUGUAGAUAGCUCUUCCAAUAUAAUACACGUCCUGUCCUCGAAUGGAUGCUUUCUUACAUUUAUUGGUGAGGGAGAAGGCAUCUACUCUCCCAGGAGUCUGAAUGUGGACAACGAAGGACGAUUGCAAAUUGGGAGUGAUGAAACCAAAGAUGAAUUUGCUAAGAUUUAUAUCGCGAAAUUUAUUACCUGA